AUGAAUUUGAUUGUUGAUUAUCCAGAGGAAGAACACGAAGAGAUUCACGUGAAUAUUAGUUCAGAUGGAAAGAGUGAAAGAGAACCGAUUCUUACGACUAUUAAAGAUGUCGAGCGAAUGACUCGAUUUAUUCUCUUAAGAGGUCAUAUAAUCCUCGAUCCGACGCAUAAAAUCUAUUUGAAUGAAUCCCGAGUCAGUCGACUCAUAGCAUACUUUCAUGACAUACAACUUCGCAAAGGAUCGGGAAGACCAUUGGAUGACAGAGAUCUAGGAUGUGAUCAAUUCGCUAAUAAAAAAAAGAAUAGUCAAGAGUUGUGUCAAAUGGUUACAUCCGAGUGCUUGUCGUCGAGUGAAAUGCUAGAUCUCGUACCGAAGUCUACAAUGGAUUUUCAUCAGAUUAUUGCCAGACUUUGUCCACUUAUACUUUUCCAACAGACGCGACCCAUUUGUUAUGGUGAUAGUCAUCGCACGCAACACGACGAAGAAGACCAAACUCUACAAUUAGUUGAGCCAUCAAUUGAGAGGGUCUGGGGGUUUGGGGUACUAUUUGUUACACUUUCCAUAGUUGUCUCAAUGGGUGGUCUAAUAGUGUUACCAUUUCUGAAUAAAAAUGCUCGAAGAAUAAUAUUAACUCUCUUUGAAGGACUGGCAGUUGGAGGACUUGCGGGAAGUGCUAUUUUGCAUUUGUUUCCGCAAGCAUUUGAUAUCGUGGACGACAAAUAUAGAGAAUACUUUUGGCGAACAUUUCUUAUAUUUUGCGGAAUUUAUUUAUUUUAUAUCAUCGAAAUGUGUUUAAAAAUAAUAACUGUAUUUAAAAGCAAAAGCCGAAGAAAGAGACCCUCAUUGGGUCGGGAAGAAGACAAAGAUGUGUUUAUAGCUCAGACAUUAAGUCAAAAACAAAUUUUAAGUGAUAGUCAACCAACAACUGAAUCAUUUGAAAUGCAAAGAACUCAAAGUAAUUCCGGUGUUCAGGCAGUUAUCAAUUCAACGAGAGAACAGUUGUUUCAAUGUCUAUCAACUGUUAAUGUGAUGAAACCGGUCAGUCCUAACCAAUACGUAUCCGAAAACAAUAAAACGGAGCAAAAAACAAAUCCCAAAAAACUUGAUUCAAAAGUUAAUUUUGUUCCCGGAGUUAGAAGUCAACGAUUUGAUCAAAACUCUUCGCAAACCAUUACCGUUGAUACAGUUGCGUGGAUGAUAGUGUUGGGCGAUGCUCUUCUCAAUUUUAUCGAUGGACUCUCUAUUGGUGCCGCUUUUGACCGAAACAUUUUGGCCGGAAUUAGCAUUUCAGUGGCAGUCAUGUUGGAAGAAGUGGCUCACCGUUUGGGUACAUUUGCAGUACUAAUUAGGGCCGGAAUGAAAAUGAAACAAAGUUUCCUAUAUAUCCUGCUGUGUGCCUGUGCCUGCUAUCCUGGUCUAGCACUCGGCAUAUUCUUAGGUGACGAAGCAGAGGAUGCCAGUCCUUAUAUAUUUGCUUUGGCCGGUGGUUUUUUUCUUUAUAUGGCACUCGUGGAUGUAAUGCGUGCAAUGAACCGGUCGAUGGAAAACGCCUCCCGAAAGGGUGUUAAUAGUAUGCUUCAGAUUUGGGGGCUUCAAAACAUUGGCAUUAUAUUGUCGGUCAUAUUCUUAGGAUUAUUGGCUUUCUAUGAAAGAGAAAUGGACUUUGAAAGGGUUGAGUUGGAAGAGAUCGCUGAACACUCUCUCGAAUAAUCAAUAUAUUCAUUA